AUGACCAGACAUGAUAUAGCCUAUGUGGUUCAGGUUCUGAGCCAAUUCAUGCACAAACCUAAAAGGUCACACAUGAAUGCAACCUUAAGAGUGAUCAGAUAUGUGAAGAAUGCUCCAGGUUUGGGGUUAUUGAUGUCCUCUAGACAAGCUCACACUUUGGUUUCUUACUGUGACUCCGACUGGGAAGCCUGCCCACAGUCCAGAAAAUCAGUCACAGGGUACAUUCUGAAGUACAUGCAAUCACUUAUUUCUUGGAAAUCCAAAAAACAAAGCACAAUGUCAAAAAGUUCAGUAGAGGCAGAGUUUAGAAGCAUGGCUUCAACAGUGGCUGAACUAUCAUGGCUCAUGGGACUGUUCAAGGAACUAGGCAUCAAUGUGACAUUGCCCAAAGACCUCUUUUGUGACAGCAAAGCAACUCUCUAG